CACAAGUCGAGCACCACGUCUUUCCUCAUACACCAUUGGCCCUCAAAGCCGCUUUCACAUCACCUCUGCUCUUCAGGAUGAGCUCCCCCUUACGAAACCCUACUCGUCAUCGUCUCGACACAUGAUGCGGGCGUACACUUCGGCCUCGGCCUCAGCGCCAGGGACGGGCGUGCUUCCGCGCUUUGCUCGCCGGCUGGAAGCCUUCUUACAAGAGCUCGACAGGGAGGCGCCAGUACGAUGGGAGCAAAACAUUCCUGGGGAAGACUCCUCUCAGACUGCAGACUUUGUAGCGAACGAGCAUAGCCAAGGGGAAGAUGGUCUCCUUCCUGGCUCUGCCGAGCUCGUGCCUCAGCAGGACGAUGAAGGAGAAGCAGAGCCUCGAUCACCCCACCUGGAAUCUUCCCUCCCUGUGCAGCACUUUACGCCUUCUCGAACCUCCGCCAAGAGGAGACGUAUCGGUACGUCCUCGCCCGUCGACGCUCCCACUCGUUCCGUUCAAGUUCAAGAGGACAGCAAAAAGACGGAUGACGGUGGAUUUGCUUGGUUGCGGAUUCAGGUGCCCAGGCCUGGGUAUGCGCUCGGGGUUAGAGCAAGACCAAAGUGGGCUGGGCUGGCUGUAGUAGAUAUUGAGGAACAAGGAAUGCAAGAGACUGCUCUCAACGAGCUCUUGCCCGACCAGCCCGCGCUUCCGGACGUGACGGAGGCAGCCCCUUCUCCACCACUGAGUAGCAUUCAAUUCGAUUUGGUGGGAUACGAUGGAGCGGAAGGUCUCGAGGCCUUCGUCACUUCUACGUCGUCUGCUCGAAGACUCAAUCAGAAGGAGGGCGAGCCGACAGCAGGGAUUCCUGAUGCUGAGCAGCACGUCUCUCAUGAGACCCUGCCAUACCCCAACGACACGACUCGUCUGCCAUCUUCUGGCGAGCGAUCGCGAAGCUCUCGACCAGAUACAGGUCCGUCCUACUCCAUCACCUCACCUUCCGACGCUUCCGGCCCUCCGGUGGCUGCUACGGUAGACAGACCGCUAGUGUCUCUGCCUCUGCCAGCUCUCCAAAGCUCCCAGAGACUCGAGCUUGCUGCCAACGGGACCAAGGAAGCUCAGCCACAUAUAGAUCACCUCCAUCUCCAUCGGCCCUUCGAGCAGGAGGCAGACCUCACGGAAGCGAGCAUGAGCCUGGAGAGGACCGCAGAGAAGGAGGGUAGACAAGCUAGUCAAGAAGGCUCCGGAGCCCGGACACGCAGGGCAAGGCAGACGAGGAGCAAGAGUGCCACCGACGUGGCUACGGGCAAGUCAAAGGCUACGAGGAAGACAACGAAGGCUCUAGUAAGACCCACCUCUGCCAAUGCACCUAGACCUCAAGACGACCCCAUCACGCCUGCGCCUGCCCCAGCACUCGCCGCUUGCGUACUUGACUUUGGGCAGAUGACAGCCAUCACUACUCCGGGCGAUGAGUCUACUUCAGCAGCUCUGCGCCCGCGUGAGCCACAAGCAGGCAUAGAUACGCCUCGCUCACCGACCGAGAAGCGCAGUCAUGUGCAAGCAAGUAACAAGGGUCUGAGACUUCUCCCUGGAGGAGCAGGUUCGAUUCGGGAUCAACUACGAUCGAAUUCAGAGUCUGCAGCACAGCCGAUCAGAGCCCGGAGUCGAAGUGAGGAGGAUGCUGUUCUCGAAGCAGACAGACGAAGACGAGCUUCUUCCUCAGGAGGCUCGCCUCCUGCGACUCGCAGUGAAAAUGGGCGAAAGGCUGGCAAAGCAGUCUUGGCGUUGAGUCAGACUCAGUCCGAUUCAGCCACGGACGAAGAAGGAGAGCAGCAGCGGCGUAGUCUUGCCAAGGAGGCACUGCUACCCGUGAGCAAGCAGCCCACCACUGCGCUGGACCACCGCGAGGCGGAACGCACUCGAACGAUUGGAGAGACGCACAAGACUCGAGGAGGCUCUUCUGCUGCCCUGCCAUCGCGCAAAGGCACCCACGACGCUGCGCUCCUUGAAGCGCUAGAUCGUGAGAAGGGUGCAGCGCUGAAGCGUAAGGCAGACGUGGCCAGUGAGCGGCUGGACCGGCUCCAAGGGCAGGAGAAGCGUAUCCGAGGUGCAUCGAGGACGCUGGGCAGGAGUAAGAGUACUGCUCAGGAGCGUGCAAAGGGCGCAUUGGGUGCGACGACUGGCCCAAGAAGGUUGGAGAUGUCGAAUGUCCCGCCCGAGGGAGCUUACAAGGCUCUGCCCCUGAUUUCGGAAGCGCUCCCACGCCCCUCGACGGCUGGCCGACCCUCUUCCUCUGCCCCAGCAGCGAAUGCAGUCCCUCCCAGCUCAGCAGGCUCUUCUUCGGCCACCAAGAAGCACAAGUCCGUUCCGCAGCGCAAGCCAACCUGGACGUCCCUCGAAGCUUGCGUCGCGAGCUGGGAUCAAUGGAUUGCCGAGGGACGGCUGCCUCACGCCCAUCCUCCUCCGCACGCCCAACUGCAGGGGCCCGCCCCAUCUCCUUCGAUUCAUGGUCGCCAGCCUGUACCAAAUGGCACACCUGAGGGACCUCAUCUCCUCUUUGCAGGAAUGACCUUCCUCGUCGUUCAUGCUCGCUAUCACGCCGCUCUCGCAGGGACCAUCGAGCGUCUGGUACGCAGAGGUGGGCGAGUGCGCGUGGCGAGAGCUGGGAUGUUGCAGGAACGGGCUGCUGCAAGGGCAGAAGCAGGGGAAGGAGGAGGCGAACAAGUGUCAGAAUCGGAUAGGGAGGGAAACAAAGAUCUGGGGAGCGUCACACAUCUCGUCUCGCUUGGCCUGCCACGCUCGCCUAGCAGCGAGGAGUGCGCCAAGCUCCUCGGACUGGCCUUGCCUUCAGCAGGUGCUGAAAGCACGAGCGCGAGCGCGAGCGCUAGCUUGCAGGCACAGGUGAAUGCCCUCCUCGGUAGGGACUCUACCGGCAGAUCUGGCGGGAAUAAGGCCCCGCUGCGAUUCGUCACGGGCGAGUGGCUGGCGGAGUGCCAGCGCCGAGGACGAUUGGUCGAUGAGCGUGAGCACGUCAAUUGGAGAUUGACCUGAUGAUGGGCUGAGCUGAGAGAAGCCGAGGCGAAGCAAGGCGAAGCGAGGCGUAGUGUGGCGAGAGGACUUACCAAGAGAGGAGCCGUGUACAUUAGCAGUAGCAGCAAUAUACCCCACCGUUCCACAAGAACUUUGUAAUCGAUUCUUCCUUGGAU